AUGGUUGCUGAGCUUGGACAGUAUGUUCAUGCAAUUGGGACGGAUUCCAACAAUUCGAUGGAACCGCGAAGUAUUGAAGCAAUCUACAUUGAACCUACCAAGGGACAACAGAGAUUUGGAGACUUUCAAGAUGGCGAUCAAAUUGCAGGAGUGGAUGACACGGAACAAGGUUACUUAGAGGAAGCCUUUGAUCAGGACUAUGAACCUGAAGAUGAAGAUGAACGUGAUUUCAACCUACGUGGACAAUUCGAUGAUAUCGAUGACUCCAAAAGAAAUGAGCUCUUGGCAGAUGCAGACAAUGAUGUCGAUGAUAUGCCGGAACUCACUGUCAGAUUCCAAGGGGAUGAUGACUAUGAAUCAGAUGACGACGAUUCGGGUGAUGAAGGCGAUGAAGAGGAAGAACCUAUUGUGGCCGAUUUGGAUCACCAUCAAGAAAAUGUCGAUAGAGGAACCGAUGAUAUUGGGAGCCUCGUUACUGAUCUGGAGGAUCUACAAGAACUGCCAGAAGAAGAGAUUGUAUUUGAGCCUGAAACGCCUCAAGUAGCAAAAGUCACUCGAUCUGGGCAAACGUAUGCGCAAGCUUGGCAGAGGUUGUUGUUGACGACCAAUGGUCAUCGCUCGGGAGUGCAGGAUUUUUGGCAAGGCAUGGAAUUAGCCAAAAAAAUUGGCACAUCUUCGGCCAGUCAUCAUUAUUGCCAACAAUAUUCUAGGACAACCUAG